AUGACCGAGAAAGACGAGCACCCCGUAUAUCCUCAGUACUGCUUCCACCCUCUCUCCUACAAUCAACAGGUUCUGCCCUCUGAGGUCCGGCAACAUUGGGAGCCUUACCACGCAUCCGGGCUUCGCAGAAACCUUCCCCUACGAUGGGUCCGUAUCGCCGGCAUGGUAGUCGCCGUCGACGAAUUCCCCCACCGGCGCAUCUAUACUGUUGACGACAGUGACGGCUUGUGUAUCGAGUGCGUUGCAGAUGUGUCGAAACUCGACUCCCACGAAUCUGCGAAACCGGCCACCACGACUGUUCCGAAAGACGUCGACGUCGGCAGUGUCGUGGAUGUCAAGGGCGGCCUGGCCUUGUUCAGAGGUAACAAGCAGAUCAAAAUCGAGAAGAUGACAAUCCUUCGCUCGACGGAUGAGGAGGUGGUCCUGUGGGAGAAAGCCAGGCAAUUCAGAGGUGACGUGCUGGACAAGCCUUGGAAGUUAACGGACCGGGAGGUCAGGAGAUGUCGCAAGGAGGCUGAGAGGCAAGACUGA